AUGGCAUCCUCAAAGGCCGCAUCUCACACCCUCCGGCGUCUCGACCCCAAGAGAAUGCAAUACCGGUUCUUAGGGAAGACAGGCCUGAAAGUCUCAGCUUUGUCUUUUGGAUCUUGGGUUACAGUCGGCGGGCAGGUCGGAUAUGAAUCCGCGAGGGACUGCAUGCUAGAGGCAUGGGAACAUGGUGUCAACUACUUUGACACUGCGGAGGUAUACGCAUCGGGCGAAUGCGAGCGGACAUUCGGUCAAAUUCUCCGGGAACUCAACUUCAAACGCAGCGACAUGGUGAUUUCUACGAAGCUUUUCUGGGGUGGAUCAGGCCCGAAUGAUACUGGUCUAUCGAAGAAACAUCUGGUUGAAGGCAUGAAUGCCUCUCUGGAAAGGUUAGGGCUCGACUACGUCGAUGUUGUCAUGGCUCAUCGACCAGACCCUCUCACUCCCAUGGAGGAGGUCGUUCGCGCGUUUUCCCAAAUCGUCAAUACAGGCCAGGCUCUGUACUGGGGUACUUCCGAGUGGACGAGCCAUGACAUCGAGCGAGCUCACCAUAUGGCCGCGGUCCAUCACCUGACGCCUCCUGUGUGCGAUCAGCCCCAAUACAAUGCUUUCUGGAGAGAGCGAGUGGAGAAGGAGUUGCAGCCCGUCAUCCGCAACUACGGCUACGGUCUGACUACCUGGUCGCCUCUUGACAAUGGCGUGUUGACUGGCAAAUAUAAUGAUGGCAUCCCUGCCGAUUCUCGCUUCGCAGCGACCACUGCGGCCUCUUCGGAUAAGCAAAAUAUGGUGAAUUUCGGAAAGGCACUUUCUACCGUUGAGGGCCAAGCAAAGCUCGAUCGCGUUCGUCGUCUCACUGUCUUGGCGAACGAUCUGGAUUGUACCACUGCGCAGCUGGCAUUGGCUUGGUGUCUCAGCAAUGAGAGCGUCUCAUCGGUCAUCACUGGAGCAAGUAAGCCCCACCAAGUGACUGAGAACAUGAAGGCCCUCGAUGUCUAUAUGAAAAUCAAGGCAGACACUGGACUUCAACAGAAGAUUGAAGAAAUUCUCGGCAACAAGCCGGACGAGAUGGAACUGUUUGGGAGAUGGGCUUGA